AUGGGUCUGCUCGAAUCGCUCGACUCAUCCAUCACGGAUCUCCUCUCACAAUGGAAUGGCUAUUCAACGGCCCUGGCGACCACGCUCGUCAUUCUCGUAACCUACCGCAUCAUGUCUGCCACCGAACCCGAUGCUCACCCGCUGCUGCUUGCCAGACAGUCUAUGUCAUCGUCGGUCCGUAACGAAGGCGAAAGUGCCGUAUAUCGUUCGCAGUCUGCACCGCAUGGCAUGCCUUUGAACGCUGGUUUGAAUGUCAAGGAUCCUGGCGCGCCUAAGUUCUCCCGUGGGCGGGAUGGCGACUUGCGAGAUGUCUGGAGAAAGGCAGUGAGCGGGGACGCCACUGCUCGAGGGCGUUUGCUAACUGUAUUGGGAUCAGAGAACGUGGUUGAACACAAGAUGGAAGAAAUCAACCGCCAGAUCAACAUUAUCGGUCGAUACGUUGCUGAACAAGGCUCUAUCAAGGUUGCCAUCUAUCUCCCCAACUCCAUCGAGCAUCUCAUUACUUUGCUCGCAUGCUCGUUCUACCCGAACCUCACGGCGGUCCUCAUUCCCUUUGAUGUAAGCGACUCGGAACUCAUCUCCAUGCUGCGUCGCUCCGCCGUCGACACCGUCGUCACUGCCACAGGCUCAUUCCCGCUCGAUACCGUGGUCAAAGCGUAUCCAUCCCUCCGGCAGCUCAUUUGGGUCGUGGAUGAGGGCAGCCGUCACAUGGAUUGGAAUGACGUCCCCGAGGGCAUGGGCUCUGCCGUCAACGUAACCACCUGGCAGGAUCUCUUAAACGACACACCCGCGGCCGCUGCAACCGAGCUUCCUUCAUCUGAUGACAAGGCAAACGCCCCUGGUGAUAUUGUGACAUUCUGGCAAGGCAAGCAAGGCGAAUUGGAAGAAAUGGUGCGCUUCACACAGGCGAAUGUGGUGUCCGGCAUAUCUGGCCAAAUUGCGGCCAUACCAAGCCGGGAACGUCUCACACAAGCCGACCUGUUCCUCCCAGCCGACUCGCUCUCUAACAUGUACACGUUGACACUAACACUCGCGGCAUUGCACUCCAACGCGUCAGUGGCAUUUAAUUCCGUAGCCGGCCGAUCACCAGAUCUCGUCCUCGCCACACAGGGUGUAGCGCCCACGGUCAUUGUCGCCAGCCCAGCAACCUUGCUGCGAACCCAUGAAGAAUCCACCCGCCGCCUGGGUGGUGGUCUCGGCAAGCUGUCACACUCCCUGGCUACCAACACUCUUACACAACGUGGUGUCCAUGCUGCAACUAACGUUUUGUCUGCUUUCGCUGCCGGGGCACGGCCUCAUGUGGGCACGACACCAGGCAAGUUGCGCCUUGUGUACGUAGCCGAGCGUGUUGGUGGCGAUACACCACUCCUUUCAUCACAGGUAGUGUCCGAUUUGAGAGUGUACCUUGGCGCAAGGCUCGUGUAUGCCCUGACGGCGGCGAGAGUUGCUGGCUCCGUUGCACAAACUGCCCUGUUUGAUUACAGAAUCACACCCAACGUCAAGGCUCAUUUCGGUGUCCCACCGUCCUCGGUUGAGAUUUACCUCAAAGACAUGGGCGCGCACAAGACUACGGAUGAUAUCAUUGAAGGCGAGAUUGUGGCACGUGGACCCUGUGUUUCUGGUGGUGAAGCUCGCCUUGGGGUUGCUGGAAAGCUCAAUGAUGACAAUACCCUGUCCUAUGUGUAG